CCGCCCCAGACAACGCCAGGUGUGCUGACGGCACAUUCCUAGAGAGCCAGCCCCUCGGGUGAUGAUUUCGAUAUGCCGGGAGCUGCCAAACAUCGAAGUGAUCACGUUCAGUGUGAAUGGCAUCUCCAGCCUGGCGCCCAUCAGCCACUGCCAGCACCUGACUGAGCUCUACCUGCGCAAGAACAGCAUCCCGAGCCUGGACGAGCUCUUCCACCUCAAAGGCCUGCCCCGGCUGAGGGUGCUGUGGCUGGCCGAGAACCCCUGCUGCGGCCUGGACCCCCACCGCUACCGGAUGACUGUGCUGCGCAACCUCCCCAGCCUCCAGAAGCUGGACAACCAAGCUGUGACGGAGGAAGAGUUGUCUCAGGCCCUGGUGGACGGGGAGGAGAUCGCUGCCCCCCCAGCUCAACGCAGCCUGGAGCAGGGCUGCCCGGAAGCCACGGAGUCAAGUGCCACGGAGUGCGCCACGGAGGGCCCCACGGAGCCAGAGAGGGAACAGCUGAAUUUCAGCCUGGGGGAGACAAACAAGGUCCAAGAGCAGCUUGGCGUGACGCCUGGCCCAAGGGAUGAAUUUUCCUCCUUUUCCCCCCGGGAGACGGAUGGCAGCAGGAUGAAGAGGAACAACGUCCUCAGCGCGAUCCUGCUGCUCGUGAGAGAGCUGGACCCGGAGGGCCUGGAAAUCGGCCAGCAGACGGUGGGGGGGAGACUCCGCGCCUUGAAGAAGGAGCUCCAGGACGAGCGGUAGUGCCUGGGGCAGAACUCUGCAGGGGCCUGCCGAACAGGGACCGGAGCAGCGGCCCCGGGCCGGCCACACGCACGCCAGGCUACGGCACCGUGCUGGCUAGCGCCGGCUGCCCUUUCGCUGCCACGCAUGCCUCCCGAGCCCGCCUUGCUCCACGCCUUCCUCCCGCGCAGCAGGUGCAGCGGCGUGGCCGAUCCGCGCUCCCCGGGGGCCAGGAGCGCAGCCCCGGGCGGGAGGGGAGACACAGCUGUGCCUUGUGCCGGCGCAAGGGCGGGCAGGCCAGACCCGCCCAGCAGCUGCGGAGGCCGUUGCUCUUCAGCUCGUUCCAGGAGCGGCCGUGGCAGCGUCACGCUCCCCUGGUGCAAGGUGGAGUCCCGGCCCGGCCUGCCUCCCCGGAGGAGGCCCAGCGCAGCUCCUGCCAAGAAGGAUGCGAUUGUGCGAAGUAAUCACGGUCUCUUAAAUUGGGGUCAAGUCUUGA